AUGGAAAAAUCCAAUUACAAUAAUAAAAAUAGUAUCAAUGAUAGUGACUGUAAAGUGCAACUAGACAUUGAGAAACACGAACAAAAUAAAAUUCAACACGAAAAACACGAACAAAACAAACCACACGAUCAAAUGAAGCAAAUCAACAAACAACUUAAUGAACAACAACAAAAUGAACAAGAACAUUUACCAUUAAAGAACGAUAAUGAUGACGAUGAUACAUCAGUUAUUGAAGAUAGUGAAUCAAACAUUGAAAAAGAACAUUUAUCUAACAACAAACUCAUUGAUUCUUCUAGUCAGUUGGUAGCAACUUUGGAUGAAAUAGAAAAGGAUGAAAAUAUAGAAGAUAAAGAAGAAAGUAAUGAAAAAAACAACGCUACUAUUGAAAAUUUAGAAAAUAAUAAUGACAACAAUAAUAAACAUGAGCAAUCAGCUCAAAAUUUUGAAUUAAAUAAACCCACUCCAAUCGAUAUAAUCAAAAUUCAUGAAAAUAUUGAAGACAACAUCAUUAAAAAAGAUCCUUAUAAUGAUGACAAUAAUAUUGAAGACAAAAUUCCUUCUAACAAUGACAAUAAUAAUGAAGAUGAAAAUCCUUCUAACGAUGACAACAAUAAUGAUUCUUUUAAUGAAGAUAACAAUGAAUAUAAAGGUCCUUCUAACGAUGUUAAUAAUACUGAAGAAAAAGAUAAAGAUACUUCGAAUAAUGAUGACGAUGGUAACGUAGCACUUAAUUCUAACGAAGAUGGUAAUAAAGAUUCUUCUAACGAUGACAAUAAUAAUAUAAAAGACAUUUCAAAUAAAGAUGAUGAUGUAGCACCUACAUACAAUGAAGGCACUUUCAACGAAGAAAAUGAUAAUCUCAUAGGUCCUGUUUCUUCAAACGAUUAUAAUAUUUCUCCUGAUGAUGAAAGCAAUGAUUUUAAAGAUACUUUAAAUAAAAGUGAAGAAGAUAAUAUAGCACUUACUUUAAAUAAAAGUGAAGAAGAUAAUAUAGCACUUACUUUAAAUAAAAGUGAAGAAGAUAACAUAGCACUUACUUCUAAUGAAGAAGAUGGCGAUAAUAUUACAGAUCCUUCGAUCAAUAACAAAGAUGUCGAUACUAAUGAUAUUACGUUACAAACAACUAUUAAAAUAAGAUAUUGUAAAGAUUGUAAAGAAUUCGACAUUGCCAGAUCAAUAGAAGUGAGCACUAGAGCUGUACAACGUACUUUACAUUCGGAAGGCUAUUAUGGAAUAGUUGUAAAAAAGAACUCCUUUCAUUGGUGA